AUGCCACUGGUUCGCAACCCCAUCUUGCCAGGGUUCAACGCCGACCCCUCGAUUGUGAGGGUUGGCCCGGACUAUUACAUCGCCACCUCGACCUUUGAGUGGUACCCGGGGGUCCAGAUUCACCAUUCCACGGACCUGGCCAACUGGGAGCUUGCCGUCCGUCCCCUGAGCCGCCGCAGCCAACUUGACCUGCGAGGAGAGCCGGACAGCUGCGGCGUCUGGGCGCCGUGCUUGACGCACGAUGGCGACAGGUUCUGGCUCGUGUACACGGACGUGAAGCGCAAGGACGGCUCGUUCAAGGACACGCACAACUACAUCGUCACGGCGCCCCAGAUCGAGGGCCCCUGGUCGGAUCCCGUCUACGGCAACUCGUCCGGGUUCGAUCCGUCGCUGUUCCACGACGAUGACGGCCGCAAGUGGUUCGUCAACAUGGUCCAGGAUCACCGAGAGCGGCCGAGGACAUUUGCGGGCAUUGCUCUGCAGGAGUUUGAUCCGGCGCAGGGCAAGCUCGUCGGUCCUCGCAGGGUUAUCUUCCCUGGCUCGGAGCUGGGCCUCGUGGAGGGGCCUCACUUGUAUAAGAGGAAUGGAUGGUACUAUCUUUUGACUGCCGAAGGAGGUACCGGAUAUACUCAUGCUGCGACGCUUGCACGGUCUCGCAGCAUAUGGGGCCCUUAUGAGCUUCACCCGCAGCAGCACAUCUUGACCUCCAAGGACCACCCGUUUGGGGCACUACAGCGGGCUGGACACGCGGACGUCGUAGAAACCGCGGAUGGCAAGACGUAUCUCGUGCAUCUCGCCGGACGACCGAUUGGGCAGAACCGAAGAUGUGUCUUGGGACGGGAGACGGCUCUGCAGGAGGCGUACUGGGGUGACGACUGGCUGUACGUCAAGAACGGUCCGGUUCCGUCGCUGGACGUUGAAGUGCCGGGAGUGCGGGACGAGGAUGCGUACUGGAAGGAGAAGCGAUACGAGUUCCACGAUGGCAGUCUUCACAAGGAUUUUCAGUGGCUGCGGACGCCCGAGCCGGAGAGGCUGUUUUCGUUUGACAACGGAAAGCUGGUGCUCACUGGGAGGGAGUCGAUUGGCUCUUGGUUCGAGCAGUCCCUCGUUGCUCGGAGACAGACGCACUUCUCCUUUGACGCCGAAACGGCCAUUGACUUUUCGCCCGAGGACGAGCGUCAGUUUGCUGGCCUGACGCUGUAUUACUCGCGAUAUAACUUCUUCUACCUCGCCGUGUCGGCGCACUCCAACGGCCAGCGCGAGGUCCAGAUCCUGCGGUCAGAGGCAUCGUGGCCGAACGGCAAGCUCCAGGACGUCGGGGAGAAUGCGUAUUAUGCGAGAAUCCCGCAGCAAGGAAAAGUUAAGCUCGCGGCCAAGAUCCGUGGCGAAAAGCUGCAGUUUUACUACGCUCUCGUCGCGGAAGAGGGUAAAGACGAGCAGCAGCAGAAGCAGCAGCAGCUGCUGCAGAAGAUUGGGCCGGUGCUGGACGCGUCGAUUGUUUCGGAUGAGUGUGGUGGGCAUCAGGCUCAUGGGAGCUUCACGGGGUCUUUUGUUGGGCUGGCUUGCUCGGAUGUGAAUGGGACGGAGGGGAAGGCUGCGUUUGAUUACUUUGUGUAUCGGCCUGCGCAUGACCCGACGGAUCGGUACAGCGUGUCGAUGGAGGGGAUUCAGAGGGUUUGA